AGGCACAACACAAAUAGGUCCGGGUUCUGUACAGUUUAGUACGGUGUUUUAUAAUGUGUUGUAGUAAAUAAACACCAUUCAUUUUACGAAUUGAGUAGCAUGAAGUAUGGCAAUCAAAUUGUGUUUACAGAUAGUUUAUGUGAGGAUUAUUGCACAAAUUUUAUCAAGUACCUCUGCGUUCACCAUCUCUGGUAAUGGCACGGGAACUAACGGGGAAACAGUGUCUCGGAGUGCAAACUUGAAACUGACUUGUACCUCAACAAGAGAUGAUGUUCGAUUUGUAGAAUGGUUUAACAAAACACGCGGCGAUAGUAACUACAAUAUCUCACCUUCAGUAUUAAUGCUAAUGAAAUCAGAUGGAACAUGCGACCUGAAUUACACAGUUCCUGCCAACAUGAAGUGUGAUUGUGUCAACAUAUCAAUGUACACAUGUACACUUAUCAGUGUGCAGGCGGACAUGAAGGGCGGUAUGUGGAGAUGUAGAUUUACAUACGAAACUCAAAAUCAGUCGAAGUUCUCUUAUACAAAUAAUCUGACUAUUGAUUUGGCAGUUGGAAUAAAGUCAGCAGAAAUUUACUAUCCGGUAGUCAACCCCGUGGCCGUUAUAGUAAACACAACAAGCAUUUUCAAGUGUCAGACGUCCCCUGGGCGCCCCGAAGCCACUAUCGCUUGGUACAAAAACAACACAACUCCUGCUACGCAAAUAACCUCACAUACAGAUACGUCAUCAACACAGCAAGGGAAUCUGUUCGUGACGCACGGGACCCUCACCCUCAAUUUGCAGAGAGAUGACCAAGCCUCGGGUGUGUACUGUCGAGCAAGUAACGGGGGGCAGUGGUUCACUUCCGAGACACAGGAGAUCAAUGUUCUAUAUGGCCCGAAAAUGAGGAUUUUACAAGACAUCAGCGUAGUUCAAGGGAAAAGGUUUGAAUAUUCAUGUUUGUAUGAGCCGGGAAAUCCCCCCGCGGUGUCCUUCGAGUGGACCAGAUCCGAAUCAAUGGCAUCCUGGAUCAAACAGGAAAAACAGAACUUGACUAUUUCAACCGUGCAGCGCAGUGACGAGGCCAAUUACACGUGCAAUGUGUCCAGUAUUCUCCGGGCAACGUUGGGAAAUGAGACUUUGAAAUACGACACUGCAACUUUUCAUUUAAACGUAAUGUAUGGAGCAGAGAAUUUAAAUAUACUACUCAACAACGUUUGGAACGCAUCUGUAGAAAUUGAGGAAAAUACAACAAACCAUCUGCAAUGUUCGCUAGAAAGUGACCCCGCCUCAAAUAUUACCAUUCUUAAGGAUGGUAAGACAAUAAUAGAAAGUCCUGGAGUACAUCAACUGACACAUGAAAUAAAGUCUGAAUGUUCUGACACGGGAGUUUAUACUUGCUCAGGAUACAACGAGUAUGGGGCAGCUGAAAACGCCUCGAUCUGUUUGUUUGUCAAAUGCUCAGCAAGACUGCCCCCAGGAGUUGUUGUGAAACGUAAUUACACAGCCCGUCAAGGUGACAAUGUGACUAUGUCGUAUACAAUAAUUGCCUACCCAGUACCAAAACCGUCACAGUUUGUUUGGAAAAGGUGCACAUAUGAAAGCGAUGAUCCUUGUUAUAUCUUGUCGGAUAUCAUUCGUAACUCUGCUAUUGCGACUGGAAAUCUUUCCAGCUCUCUAACAGUACUAGACGUUAAAAAAGAAGAUUACGGAAUGUACCAGUUUUCCGUGCAUAACGACAUUGGAUCACCAUUAGUCGAGUGGUUGCACCUGGAACCUAUAGGAAAACCGGACUCACCUUCUGACUUUCAUGUAAUCCAAGAGGAAAUAAGUGAAACGAGUGCUGUUUUGGCUUGGGUUCCUGGGUUUGACAACGGAUCGCCACAAACGUUUUACAUCACCUAUGGGAAGAAGGGCGGUUCCUCAGGCAGGAUCACAAAAUCUGUUGAACACAAAUAUGAAGGAAAGAUAAAUUACACGUUAAGAAAUCUAGAAACCGGAACGGAAUAUAUCGCUUCACUUAACGCCUCCAACGUAGAAGGUUCUUCUCCAACAAUACACGACACCUUUAUAACACUGAAACAUAUACCUAGCGUACAGAUAAAUUUCCCGAUUGCAUUUAUUAGUGGAGCCGUCGGUGGUGGAAUUGCCGUGGUUUUAGUUAUCAUUGGAUUGAUCUUCUUAGUGAAAAAGAUGAGAAUCUUAGGUUUUACCAAAGAAAGGGAAACAGUGGGCCGACAAAAGAGACACCGUUCAAGUCAACAAGAGGACGACGAUGAAGUCGUUGAAAAUGAGAUGUAUGAAUCUGCUGGAGACUUUCCUCAAUGUAAAGGCAACGAAAACAGAAGCGAUAAAAACCAGACAAUAGCAAUUGAGGAUAUGUAUGCCCAACCGAAUAAAAACCAACACUUGGAAUCAGACGUUUAUGCAGUGGUUAAGAAGGCCAAGAAAAAAGGAAAAUCAACAACCGGUCACAACAAGCAGUAUGACAACAAGAGUUUUGGGGAUGAAACGUAUGAGAAUCACGACCUUCCCAAUACGAAGAAAACUAUGAACGAAGGUGGGCUGAUCCACGCAGAUGUGGAGAUUGCAAACCCUGCCAAAGGUCAAAUACAUCUCGUUAUUCAUGGUUCGGAUGACACAAGCGUAUACGCCAAUGUUGAUCUUUCCAAAAAGGCAGACCCCUUACCAGAACACGAAGAAGAAAAGUCUGAAAAGAAAGAGAAGAUAUAAAUUUACGUGAACACUUUAGAUUACAAUACAUGUUUUGCCUAAUGAUUUUUAAACCUAUAUCUACUUUAUUUAUUUUUUUAGAUUAAUAAUGUGGCUCAGUAUAAACUGAAAAACAAUAACCUGGCUAAAUUUAAUAUGAAGCAAAAUGAUUAUGAUUGUGCAACUUGUUCAAACAAGUAGUGUUACAUCGUAUUUCUUCUUUGUGCAUCAAAGGAGAGACAAGAGACACGUUAUGCUUACAUACGAGUGAAAACUGAAGCAAUGAUAUCAUUGGUCGAGGCAAAAUGCUAGAACACGCUUAUACCUUUAAAUUAAUAAACAUUUCUUGUUCAGUGUCAUAAAACUUGACAGGAUUUGAUGAUAAAUGGUUAUCAUACCAGAACGUAAAGAUGACUUUACAUAACGAAAUGAUGUAUAUACAUAACAUAAUGUUGUUGCCUCAUAGCGUAAUGAUGUAUUCACAAAGCAUUAUUUUGUACUCACAUAACAUAUUCACAAAACAUAACGGUGACUGUACAAGAUAUGAUAAUGGAAACACAGAACAUAAUGAGGUAUUGAUAUAACAACACGAUAUAUCCACGAAGACUAAUAAUGUAUUCAUAUAACAUAUUGUUAAAUUGACAGAAACAAAAUUGUGUAAUUAUAUUUUGACAUAACGUAAUGAUAUAUCCAAAUAACAUAGAGGUUACUUGAUAAUAUAUAAUAAUAAAAACACACAACAUAAUCAUGCAUUGACAUUAUCUUUUGAUAUAUUAACAUAACAUGAUCAUGUAUUCACAAAACAUAAUCAUAUAUUCACAUAACAUAAUCAUGUAUUCUCAUUUCAUAUUCAUUUAUACAUGUAACUUAUAACUCAAUUGACACAGUGAUUGAAAAGGUAAAAGUAUGUGGCCGCCACACUUUAAUGGGCAAGUCUGAUUAGGUUUCUCAUGGACAAUUUUAGCACAAAGUCAUUAUUUUCAAGAUGCUUGUCUCGCUAUGGGCCUAAGCAUAACUUGCCAAUUGUUCAACCGUUUUAGAAAUGCCAUACAGUGGGUAAUUGAAAGCAAAUUUAGUGCAGUCAUGAGUGGUAUCAAAGACGAUUUUUUCUUUGAAGUACAUAUUUUGGGUGAAAAUAUGAAAAAUCAAACGAUAAUGUUUUAUGCUGAUAAUUCUUCUACAGUCGAGGUUAUCAAAAACAAACAAACAAAUGAUGUAUGGUUUAUGAAGUUAGUGCUGCUAUAUUUGAAGUUCAAUAUUCUCUUUAAAGCUAAACGUAUUCCUUGAGUUAACACCACUGCAGAUCGGUUGUCACGAUUAAAAUUUCAGGAGACAUUCACAACUUCUCCACAUCUGAAACCAACAACAAUACAGUGCCCAUAUUCACUACUCAAGGAAUAAAUUUAAACGCUCAAUCUGUAUUAUCUAUGGCCUUAAGAAAAUAAAAACAAAAUGAUUAUACAUGUCUUAUUGGAACAAUUAUGAACAAUCGUGUGCAAGAAACUGCCUUAAGUAAUGUCCACCAGUUUUGGAAACAAAUCUUUUCAACUUUCUGUCAACUUUGACCUUCAAAGGCUACAAUGUAAACACUAUAGCAACAUUCAUUUCAGCUAUUACGUAUAUUAACAAAUGCUUUGGUCAUGGGGACUUCCCGCAACCAUUCCUAGUCAAACAUUUCUUAAAAGGUGUCGGAAAAAACACAUAACACGCCCUGAUAAGCGUUUGCCUAUUACCUUUUCUCUGUUUAAAAUAUGUUACAUGCAGUUCCAAAAUGUUUAAAUAAUCAAUUGGACCAAGUAUUGUUUGCAACAAUGUCUUUAUUUGCAUAACACGGUUUUCUUCGAAUAGGGGAAAUUUGUAUGAAAAGUGGCAACAAGAAUCAUGCUAUACAUAUCCAAGAUGUUGAACGUGUACUCGACUCCCAAUUUCAGAGUGGUGUAUCAAUACAGUUACAUCGUUUCAAACAUAGUCAGCAGUCUGUUUCGCCGUUUAUGCCAAAAAUGCAAAAUCAUCACUCACCUGCCCUCAUACAAUUUUUCGAUUGUACAGAAAAUAUGUCACCCACAAACAUGAGCCUUUGUUCCAAAUCAUUGAUGUUGACAUGUCAUAUAUUUACAGUUCACUAAGCAGUUGAAGCUUUUGAUAAAUUUUCUUGGGCUAAACGCUUCUCAGUAUACAACCCAUUCAUUCAGAAUAGGAUCUGUACAUGGGUCGAUGAAAGUCAUCUGCAAUUCAAAAUUAUAUUCGUUUACCAGUUCUCCGACUGUAAUAAUUCAAAUAGUUGCGAAGGUUAUUCCGUUCAUAUACAUAGUUCAGCAAAAGGCAGCCUUAAGGUUCUUGAACAUAGCGCAUUUUUACAUGGUUUUGUUACAUUUUGUACAUGUAGUUUACGUUCAGUAAAAGGCUGCGUAUAAAAUUUGCUUGUAUUUUUCAUUGAAUGUAUAAAACACAUGUCAACUUAUGCAAUAAUGAGUAAAUAUUGUACUAUAUCCAGCAAAAGGGUGUAUUGUUUGUAUAUAACUAUUUCGAUUUGACAUCCUACAGCUUCCAAAUUUAGCAUAAGGCUGUUUGGUUUUCCGUUACUUUGAUUCCUUAGUUCAUUUUAAAUGAUAUGAAUUUUGUAUAUACUAUUUCACUUUCUAGUAAUGUUCAGCAGAAAGCUGCAUUGUUUGUUGUUUCUUUAU